GAAGUCAAAUACCGAAACACACACAGGGUUUCUCUCCAGGGCGGAUCUAUUCCUCCUCUCAGGAGAAGAAAGCGCAGCUCCGGGAAUAAAGACGCCUCAUUUUGGAUUAAUAUCGGGUCUAAUUUGAGAUUUUCUCUGGUUUGGAUUCGCCGAGGACAGCUUCCGAUGAUAAAAGAAGAGGAAUAUUUCCUUUUUGUUUGUCUUGUGAUGUUUGUUUGAAGUUCACCACUGUGGAGAUUUGAAUGAGGAUGACCGCCCUCACUCGGAAGGUGCAGCAGGUGUUUUUCUUCCUGCUGCUGUGCGCACGCUGCAGCGCACAAACGCAGGAGGGUGAUCAGACGCCAGAAGUGGCUGUUUGCACCGGCACCCAGAAUUCUCUCAGCAUGACAGGAGACACCGAUAAGCAGUACGAGUUGACAAAGAAGAUGUACACCGGCUGUGUCAUUGUGAUGGGCAACCUGGAGAUAGCCAUGAUGGAGCACACCAGGGACUUCAGCUUCCUGCAGUCUAUUAAGGAAGUGACAGGCUACAUACUAUUUGCUGUCAAUGAGUUCAGCCGGCUCCCACUCGACAACCUACGCGUCAUCAGAGGCAACACUCUGUUUGAAGACCGCUACGCCUUGGCAGUGAUGCUCAACUACCAGAGAGACGGUCAACAUGGCCUCCAAGAACUGGGCCUGACACACCUCACAGAGAUACUGGACGGAGGGGUCAAAAUCACUCAGAAUCGGAACCUGAGCUAUGCCCCUCAGGUGAACUGGCUGGACAUAGUGAAAGAUGAGUCAGCUCACAUCGAGAUUGAAGACAACGGUCCUAAAUUGCCUUGUGACAAAGCAUGUGGAGACGUGUCGUGUUGGGGACCAGGAAACAACUCGUGUCAGAUCUUGACAAAGACGGUGUGCGCCCCUCAGUGCAAUGGUCGGUGCUUUGGUAGAAACCCGAGUGAGUGUUGUCACAACGAAUGUGCUGGAGGCUGCAUGGGACCCCUGGAAUCAGACUGCUUUGCUUGCAAGAAUUUUAACAACUCCGGUUCCUGUGUGGCCCAGUGUCCCCAGACAGUUAUCUACAACAGAAACACAUUCAAAAUGGAGCCCAAUCCCAACGCCAAGUACCAGUAUGGAUCCAUCUGUGUGUCACAGUGUCCCCCCAACUUUGUGGUGCAUGAAAGCUCGUGUGUGAGCAACUGCCCAGCAGAUAACACGGAGGUGGAGAAAAAUGGAGUCAAACGUUGUGAGCCCUGUGGAGGUUUCUGUCCUAAAGCUUGUGAAGGCACAGGAAGUCCAAACAGAGAAACCGUUGACGCCAGUAACAUCGACAGUUUCAUCAACUGCACUAAGAUCCAGGGCAGUCUUGACUUCCUGGUGACGGGAAUAAAGGGUGACUCUUACAAAAAUAUCCCAGCCCUCGAUCCAGAAAAGCACGUUUUUAGCACUGUGCAGGAAAUUUCAGACUACCUAAAUAUCCAGUCGUGGCCGGAAAGCCUGUCUAACUUGUCAGUGUUUUCCAAUCUGCACACAAUACAAGGCAGAACACUUUACAGAGGAUCAAAUUCUAAAAGAGGCUACUCUCUCCUGCUGGUGAAGAUUGAAUCUCUGACCUCCCUGGGUCUCCACUCACUGCAGAAAAUAAAUGACGGCAUUGUCUACAUCUCAGGAAAUAAAAAUCUCUGCUACCAUAACAUGAACUGGACGCGCAUCCAAAACAGUGGCUCUCGUCCACAGAAACGAAACAAGCAGCCUGAAAUCAGGAACAACAGAGCUCUAGAUGAGUGUGCUAAAGAAAACCACGUGUGUGACCCUUUAUGCUCCUCUGAUGGCUGCUGGGGUCCAGGACCAGCUCAGUGUGUUUCCUGUAAGACAUACAGGCGUGGAGGAGUGUGUGUGGAGGACUGCAUGUUCCUAACUGGGAAGAUGAGGGAGUUUGCUACUGAGUCAAGGGAGUGUAUGCCCUGUCACGCACAGUGUAAAGUCCAAGAGGGGAAGGAGACCUGCAGAGGCCCGGGUGCAGAUCAGUGUGUAGCCUGUGCCAGCCUGCAGGACGGUCCACACUGUGUCUCCUCAUGUCCUGAAGGUUUGAUGGGUGGGGAGGGAGUCAUCUAUAAAUACCCAAACAAGCGAGGCCGCUGCGAACAAUGUCACAUCAACUGCACCCAAGGGUGCACCGGUCCAGGUAAAGGAGGCUGUGACAGGACUUACGGACCAAUUUCUGGACAAUCGACCACGUUCAUUGUUCUGGGAGUAAUCGCAGUGCUCUUCUGUUCGUUCUCCAUCUUUGUGCUGAGUGUCCUGUACCGCCGAGGCCUCGCCAUCCGUCGCAAGAGAGCUAUGAGGAGAUACAUUGAGAGUGGGGAAAGUUUUGAACCUUUGGAGGAAAAGGAGAAAGUCCAUGCUCGGUUCCUGAAACCGUCUGAUCUGCGUAAGAUCAAGCUGCUGGGUAGCGGUGUGUUUGGAACCGUCCAUAAGGGCAUUUGGAUUCCCGAGGGAGACACAGUGAAGCUGCCUGUUGCCAUAAAGACGAUUCACGAUCGCACUGGUCGACAGGACUUCUACCAAAUCACAGAUCUCAUGGUAACACUGGGAAGCAUGAACCACAUUAACGUCACCAAGAUUUUGGGUAUAUGUCCUGGCGAAAGCCUGCAGCUCGUCAGCCCGCUCAGCAACCACGGCUCCCUGCUGGAGCACGUCAGGAGCAACAAGAACAAGCUCAGCCCUCAGAGGCUGCUCAACUGGUGUGUUCAAAUCGCAAAGGGAAUGAACUACCUGGAGGAGAACAACGUUGUUCACAGGAACCUGGCUGCCAGAAACGUGCUCAUCAACAAUCAUUUCACAGCACAGGUUUCAGAUUAUGGUAUUUCAGAGCUGCUCUAUCCUGAGGACAAAAAGCAUUACUACAAAGAGGUUAAGACACCAAUCAAGUGGAUGGCCUUGGAGAGCAUCAUGUUUCGCACAUUCACACAUCAGAGUGAUGUCUGGAGUUAUGGAGUGACGGUUUGGGAGAUGAUGUCUUAUGGAGCGGAGCCAUACGCAACAAUGGCUCCACAGGAGGUUCCUGAUCUGCUGGAAAAAGGCGAGCGCUUGUCUCAGCCUCAGAUAUGCACCAUUGACGUCUACAUGGUCAUGGUUAAAUGUUGGAUGAUUGAUGAGAAUGUCCGUCCAACGUUUAAGGAGCUGGCCGGUGAAUUUACUAGAAUGGCCAGAGACCCACCUCGCUACCUGGUGGUCAAAGAGGACUGCAGCCAGCAGGAACUGGCCCAUGAUGAAGUUGCCCAGCGGAGUGCAGACCUUGAUGACUUUGACGAUUUAGAUAUGGAGCAGGAGGACCAGGGGGCAGAGGGGGUGGAUGACAUGGCUCCAGCAGCCUAUUACCUGUCCAAAAGUCUGAGCCGUGUCUCUAGGAUAGAUCAUCACAGAUUGGUUCCACAUCCUUCAAGUGGGGCUGAAUACCUGCCCAUGACCCCAGGUGUCGACAUUAUAGGACAGGCUUCAUGGCAGUCACGCUCUCGACUGAACUCUGCUCGCACUGUGUCUGAGAGCUCAGAGGGGUGUAGCACAGCGGUGGAGAUGGACGUGAGUGAGGACUUCCCGGUGGCUGAGGGCCCCAAACAAAGGCGUCAGCGUGAGGACAGUGCUUAUGAGUCACAGAGAGACAGCAUGUCGGGUGGACCGACGGAGACGCCCUCACCAGAGAUAGAAGAGGAAGAUCAGAAUGGAUAUGUGCUUCCUGGAGGCAGCCCAGAAAGAGAUCUUCUGCUGUCAUCAUCUCGACUCACUUCUGUCAGGAUGGCGAAGUCUCGCUCCUCUGGCCUCCUGGAUGACCCAGAUGAUGAAGAGUAUGAGUACAUGAACAAGCAAAUGUGCGUAACACCUGUCUCCAUGAGGUCGAAUGGCCACUGGUCGAAUGCCACCAAGAAGAGGCCCUCCUCUGUAUCUUCACAAGCAACAAUGUGCUCCUGUGACACCACGUUGUCUGUGGAGGUCAAGGGAGGAGCAACAGUGAGCAAGAACAAGUCUGAUUCAGAACAAUUGGUUGAAUACGAAUACAUGGACAUCAGAGGGAGGGAACGAGACGAAAGCCCUCCAGAACACAACCCUCCUCCGCCCCCUAUUAUACCAAGGACGAGAAAAGAGGAAGAGGAGGACAUAUAUGUGGAGGACAGCAACUAUCAUUACACUAACAAACAGCCAAAGCUGAGACGAGCUCUGAGAGACAAGAAGGAGCAGAGGAUAGAGGGAGGAGAUAGCAGUGAGGCAGAAGAAUAUGAGGACAUGGAGAGCUUUGCUGCGCCUCCACCUGCUGAUGUGGUGGUUUACCAGAACAUGCAGAGGGAGGGGAUGGAGGCUACAGGGCCACGCCCGUCUGAGUAUGACUCACAUGUGAGAGUACGGGCUGGAGUCGGGCAUGGGGAGGCUGCUGCUGCUGUUGGAGACAGCUCUUUUGACAAUCCAGGCUACUGGCACAGCAGGAUGUUCCUGAAGCCCAACGCGGUGCCAACAUGAAGAACAUGUUAACCUCACGCCUGGGACCCAGUGAUGAAGGACCUAAUCUAGGAAACACAGAAGUCAGACAAUGAAGCUGGUUAAAAAAAAACAACAAGUUCACUCAAAGGGAUGAAUCUCACCUCAGGAACUAUGCAGACUUAAUGCAUUUUUUUUUGUUCUCAUUUUUUACUGAUUGUACAUUUUUAUCACCUGCUGUUUAUAUUAUUGUUGUGUAUAUUUCUCUUUUGUAAUAUAUUAACACAUGUUUGACAAACAUUGUGUUUUAACAUAACUGUAUAUUGGUGUUAAUUUGACACAAAAUCUCAAAAUAAUGAGAAACUUUCUCAGAUUAAUGACUUUUGGUCUAGCAUCAUAGUUACACACAUUUGUGCCGUUAAGUAAAGCAGACGAGCAUGGCCUUGUGUUUUUAUGUACUUUUGACAUGAAUAAGUAUAUUAUACCAUUAGGCUUCUCGUACAUUUAUCAUCACAGCAGAUGUAGCCUAGCUGUACAUGAACCUUCUCAGUGGCCUAGUGGUAGAGUGUCUGGACCGGGAGAUUGGGGUUCAAAUCCCAGUCGGGUCACAUCAAAGACUUUAAAAAUAAUUGGAUCCAAUGCCUCCUUGCUUGACACUCAGCUUUAAGGGCUUUGAUUGGGGGGGUUAAACCACCAAAUAUAGCUCCCGAGCGCAGCCACAGCUGCAGCUCACCCAAUGUGUGCUGAUGACUAAUGGGCCUGGUUAGAAAAAUUAAUAUUGUGUGUAAUUACAAGAUGCACCUGAGUCAGUCUGUAGAAAUUUCUUUUGUGUAAUUUUGAGAAUUUCUGAUAAAGUUUCUCAAUAUAAAAUAUUUGCUAUUUUCUUCCAUUUUGUUGUCACAAAUAGGCUUCCAUACAUUAUUGUGUCCUGUGAUUUGGGGGCAUUUCAGGAAUAAAAGCACUGAAAAUUUAUAACAGAACUGAACAGAUUACAAGCUAUUUUUUGUCUACCUUUUUAAUGAUUUAAUGAUUUUUGUUAGAACAAAUGUGUUUUUUGUGAGGGGGGUUAAUAACUGUUUUAAAACUUCUUACAUCAAUGCUAUAUGAAAAACAUUUUCUACUAAAUAAAAUAUUUUUAAAUAGUCA